UUAGAAGUUUUUAUGAGGAUCAAUGGUAGUAAAAAAAUGCCAUGGGUACAAAGUGAUCGUGAUGCAAGAGAAAAGGGUCGUUUUGUGCUUUCUGUAGGAUAUCAAGCUCAUGUAUUCUUCUAUGAUCUACUAAGUGAUUUUAGUGAAGAAGAGUUGGAGGAGCUUAAUAAGUUUUUGGAUUUGGAAUGGAAUGAUGUGGACAUACAAGUUACGUCUGACUCACCAGCUGAUAUGUCCAUAAUUAACUGUGGUAUUUAUGUCAAUAAGCAACAGACAAGUAUGGAAAAUGUUCAGUUCAAGUCUCCUUUGCGUUCCAUGAAUGCUUCAAGAGCUUCGCUGAAACGAAGAGCAGUAGCUUCUCAUCCCAACGAACCACCCAAGAAGCAUUUGAGAAGGUUCAAAGAGAAGAUCAAUUGCACAAGAAGGACAAGGCAAACUAAGCCACACCGAAUUUUCCAUUCGCAGUGCAAGAGAAGGAUGUUUUUUCCUAUGUCUAAGCAUCUUUUGAGAGCUUUGUAUUCUUAGGUAUCAAAUAUUAUUAUUGGUAGUCAAUUGUUAGUUAAUUAGGAUUUGUGUAUAUGUGACGGUUAAUUCCAACGUGACGAUUAAUUUUGUUUUUAAUGCAUUAUCAUAAUAAAUGGGUUGUAUAUGUAUUAUGUUUACGAUGUGAAUUUUAUGGUAUUUCUUGAGUUGAAAAA